AGAAGAUACCUGUCUCUCUUCGCCGCUUCGGCAACAUCCCAGAAUAAAAAGUGUAUAAAAAGAAGAAAGCGACCUACCUGUCUGUUAAGGUCAAUUAGUUAGACAAUGAUGCUGAGAAGACAUCGGAGACAAUCGCAAUCGCAAUCGCUACCGCACGAUGUUGUAGAGCUCAUCCUCUCGAGACUACCUGUGAAGUCUCUGCUGAGGUUUAAAUGUGUAUCGAAGCAGUGGAAAUCCACAAUCGAGUCUCGUAGGUUUAAAGAGGCACAGUUGAGGCAAUCGCAGCAAUCGCGAGGAGGUCCAGAUAUUCUUUACGUGACCAAGAACAGUAAGAACCACUAUGAAGCUGAGUGGAGAAUCUUGUUGGGGUCUUCGUCAAUAUUUGUUCGUAUGCUCAACUUCUCAUCUAUUCGCAACACCAAGGUUUGCCAUGGUAGUUGUGAUGGUCUUAUAUGCCUCUUUACUGUCCACACACCAAACAUGGUAGCGAAUCCCGCGACUAGAUGGCAUCGAAGUUUCCCUCUUUCUAGAGUCCAACAGCUCCUCUCUACCAUGUAUAAAAACGGAGCGUGGGAAGCCCCAAACAAUCAACUUGGAUUCGGCAAAGACAAAUUCACGGGUACAUACAAACCCGUCUGGCUAUGUAAUUCAUCUGAAUUUGGCCUAGACAAGGCUACAGCUACUACUUGUGAGGUUUUUGACUUUAGCACUAAUGCUUGGAGGUACGUUCUCCCUUCUUGUCCGUAUCGGAUUUUGGAUGGCCUGAAGCCUGUGUAUUUUGAUGGGUCUCUUUUCUGGUUAACCGAGUGCUCCAAGCUCUUAUCUUUUGAUCUUCACACUGAAACUUUUCAAGUCAUCUGUAAAGCUCCCUUUUCCCAUAUACCUGAACCUUGCCAAGUCGUCAUGUGCAUCCUCAACAACACCUUGUGCCUAUCCCAAAGAAACUGGCCCGCCCAAGUUAUAUGGUCGUUACACAACAACACAACGUGGAAGGAAAUGUGUACAAUUGAUCUCACUAAAACCUUUUCUGUGCCUGAGGAGCUUCCUUAUCUUCCACUACCCGUUGCAUUGCCAUUAGCUCUUCUGGAGAAGAAUAACAAGUUACUGUUUGGUCCUGCACUUGACCAACCAAUGGUGAUGCUUGAUCUCCAUGCCAAUAAUUAUCAUAACGUUUUCUCACCCGGGGGCGUCUUUGGCUAUCCCGUUUCUCAUUUCGAUAGUUUAUUCUCCGUUGUUUCACCUAACUAAUCUCUAUGUCUACUUCAUUGUAAUUUAACAUUUAUAAUCAUG